GAUGCGCUCAGUUCAGUUCGCCAAGUGAAACCUUUGACAGCCAGCCAUCAUCAGCGUACAGAAAAAGUGAUAGUGCAAAAGGCAGAAGAAAAAAAAAGCUGAUCCUCGUUUCGUGUGUCGUCUGUGCCUUUUGGGUGACAAGGAAGAAAAAAAAGGCUGUGGUCCAAGUCCCGUCGGUUUGGCCAAUCGGUUUUUCUUGGUUCUCGCUGGAAUCCGUUGGGAGUUUUCCGUGCCAAUCAAAUUUCAAGCAGCUGCUGCCAGAUUCUGGUGCAAGUGUUGACGGAGUAAACAACAGUACAAAAAGUGUUCCUCGGCAGCAUCAGCAGAAGCGAAAAAAAGUUAGUCAUCGUCUCCUUAUUCUUUGCUAUUGUGCGUGCGAGCAAAAACCAGGACAGUCGAAAAUGUUGGCCCUGAUCAAUCGGAUUCUGGACUGGUUCAAGAGCCUGUUCUGGAAGGAGGAGAUGGAACUGACGCUGGUCGGAUUGCAGUACUCGGGCAAGACGACCUUUGUCAACGUUAUUGCUUCCGGUCAGUUCUGCGAGGACAUGAUCCCAACCGUUGGCUUCAACAUGCGCAAGGUGACCAAGGGCAACGUCACCAUCAAGGUGUGGGACAUUGGCGGUCAACCGCGCUUCCGAUCGAUGUGGGAACGAUACUGCCGGGGGGUCAACGCCAUCGUCUACAUGGUUGAUGCGGCGGAUUUGGAUAAGAUGGAAGCUUCCCGAAACGAACUGCAUUCGCUGUUGGAUAAGCCGCAGCUGGCCGGCAUCCCGGUGCUGGUGUUAGGCAACAAACGAGACAUUCAGGGAGCGUUGGACGAGCCCGGACUGAUUGAAAGGAUGAACCUCUCAAGCAUACAGGACCGGGAGAUCUGCUGCUAUAGUAUCUCGUGCAAAGAGAAGGACAACAUCGACAUCACCCUUCAAUGGCUGAUCGCCCACUCCAAGAGCCAAAGCCGUUAAGGAAGCUGCACUCGUCAUCUUCGUCGUUGUUGUUUUCGCUGCGGCUCAGGUGUGUCGGUUUGUGUGCGUGUGAGUGUGCGUUUGUUGGAUAUGUACCAGCAGGGGUUUUUAACAAAUCAACGAUGGUUUAACGAGGUUGGGAAACCGGGCAAGUAGGGCUAAUAGAGACUGAUGGCGGCCAUCAUUCACUGGUACCGACAUCGUGCGCAUACGAUCUCCGUUUUAGCAAAGACCAACAAGGAUUUAAGAAUGAGGACACAAUUCUAGUACAUCUAGCUGAAUAUGCGGCACAUCAUAAGGUAUAACGGGACAGCUGCUCGAGUAUAAGACUUCCCUGGGAUCGUUCGCUUGGUAGGAAUGCGGAAACGGUGUGUUCUGCGAAUCUCAACCCGGUACGGUCUAUUAUAAUGAACAGUGUUAAGUAUAAGGUGUAGGCAUGAAAGCGAUUGGUUAUAAGUUCUAACAGUUAAGCAAAAUCUUGUUUUAAAAUAUACAAUUGUUCUCAAAUGAAACCACAUGAAAUUAUCCAAACAGCUAUGUAAAAGUUGAUGAGAAACAGAGAAUGUGUUAGAUCCAGUCGAUUGUACGCCCUCUAGGGUUCGUGGGUAUAAUUCCGAGAAAAUUGAAACAUCUGAAAGCUAAAGCAAUCAGCAGUUAGUACGCAAAACAAACGCCAAAUGAUUCACAGUACCAACUAGAGCAAGCAACACAGCAACAAACCGGAGCACGAACACACACUCUUACUAAUCUCAAUGAAAUGCACGCAGGAAAAGUAAUUCUGCUAGGAGACAAAAAAUUAAACCAAUCUGCUUUUUAGAUAACAUGUUGUUACACGAGUGUGCGCGGUUUUGUGAAUGUGACUCUUUUCUGGCUUAGUUCGUUUCCGGUUCAGUCUCGGUCUACGUUUAUGCGAUUCCCUUGAUCGUCUUACGACCUGAGUUCCCGAUUCGAUUUCACAGUGUUCUAUUAUGAAUCCUUUCUUCUGUAGAGAGUGUAUGCGAGAGAAAUCCAAGUGCGAGUGAAUUGACCCCCUCAAUUGAUAGUAUCAAAAUAUCGAAAAACAAAUGCAAACAGACACACACAGUUGAACAUAUUAUUCUCUAGCGCUAUACUGAUAUUUUUCGAUGUUAAGAAAAACGAGAAACGAACCAAUUCUAUUGAACAUUUCAAAGGCUUUUUAUUCAUAUUCAUUUAUAUUUUAUUUUCUUUUAUCUACGAGAAAUGAAUUUAUAUUUUUCCUUCCUUAUGUUUAAGCAAACUCCAUUUUAAUCAAAGAAAUUCUAGGUUUCGCGCAGUGAUAUGUUGAGUAAUAUUAGGGCUUAAUAUAAAUAACAAAGUCAAGCCGAUAAGGUCGUCGGGAGGAUAAGAAUAAAAUUAAUCACUUUGUUGAUCGUUACGAUGCCAUUAUCGAUAGUUGAACGCUUUCCAAAGGGUUCCCAUUGAUUUCCGAUUUACAUAGUAGUGUCAUUGUCAAAGGUAAAAUCCCUAUAAUAUAAACCAGUUUUCUACAUAGUGACAACUACAAACUGUUCACGUUUCCAAAAUCUUAUCUUGGGUAUUAUUUUAUCGGCCUCUUUCAGCAAAUACUGCUAUGACCUAUUUUGUUUUAUUAGCGUUAGCACAAUGGUGAAAAAUUGCAAGCGAAUAAAUUAAUCAUUAUGACAAAAUAAAGAGGAAAAGGAAGAGAUAAACCAGUAGU